UGGUCCUUUUUUUCGAAAUUGAGCGGGUUAGAAAUUCUCUGGCGAAAUAAUGCGAACCAGCCUCACGCGCGAUGGUUUCGCGGAAUGUGCCGGAGGUACGUCGGAGGCCGCGAGGGGGGAGGAGCAGGGGAUGUCCGUCGAUGUUUGGUCGCUGGGCUGCACAGUGAUUGAGAUGUUCACUGGCCGGGCGCUCAAGAGUGCCUUCAAGUCUCCCGAGGGCAGAUACAAGCUUCAGUACGAGAAAACUCACCCUGCCGGCCUUCUUCAUUACUCUCAUGAAAAAUCUGUGUCUCAGUUGAUCAUCGCAUAUCUCAAGGAGAAGUCAGCUUCCCAGGGGCCAAGCACGCCUUCAACACCGAGCUCCAGCAGCGUAGUGAAAUGGGCAGCGGCACGGCUUUUUGUUGGUGUUAAUGGGAGCAAGACAUUCUCUUAUGGUGGCACAAACGGUGGGAGCAAGGUAGCAUCUGGCACUAGCAAGUUCGGAGCAGGAUCGAGCAGUUCUCCUGUAGCUUUCAAUUAUGAUGGCAAAGUGGCUUACUUAAUCUUUAAUGCUGGUGACACGUUAUUCAUCAGAUCCGAUCAAGGCCCAUUCAUUUCAGCAAGCUCGAAUCCUCUGCGCCAUUCAUUUGAUUCUGAAGCGAAGUAUGGGCAUGACUUGCUUAUUGGGCUUCAGUCUGGAGACAGUGAGUUCAGAUACCAUGCUUUCAAUAUAUGGUUGUCCAUUUUUGAUUUUUUAUUUUUCAUAUUUAUAUUCGUUUUAAAUAACUGAAAUUUUGUUAAAAUGUUUACAAUGUUAAAAUGUUUACUCUCUGAUCUGUUGUUGAGUGAGAAUUGUACCUGAAAUUUAAUGUUGAGCUAAUACUGCAAGGUCUUGUGAAGGGCCUUUAUCAUGCUUCACUAAAUCAUGGCAGUU